CUCCUGCGUUCACAGUCACACCCUAGUGUGAGUUUACAUAUGCAACUUCAAGCAUUCCUGCCCUCUUCAAAGUUUUCAUGUGGAACAUUCUGAAAUAUAGAGCACACGAGGACAAAAUAUGGUCCCAACUUGACUCAUUCCAGAGAUGAUAAUGAUAUGCAUUCAAGUCGGGAUCUGUUACAGACUUGUUUUCAGUGAAAAUGCUGAGGAAGCUCCAGUGUUUCCUUCUGCUGGGAACAGUAUUCAUCAUAUUCUUCGCAAUACUUCACUGGGAUGACGUGAGAGAUGGGACUUUUUAUCUGCACGUGGCAUCAUCAUCAUCAUUACCUAAAGUCCCCACAAGCAUGACGUCCUCUGAACGUAGAACAAGUGAAGAUUCAUUUAUCUGGAAACAGUCAAGCAGGUCAGUGAAACCAAACCUGACGAUCAUCACACCUCACCUAAAACAUGAUCAGGGUCCAAACAACCUAAUGCACACAUUCAUGCAGACUUCUCCCACACAACUCAAACUGCGUCAAGCACAUCGUAGACGUAAUAUAAGAGAACUUUGCUCAGCCAAUAGUAGCUUGAACUUCCCAGGGAAAUUUAAGACAUUUGACCAGAUUCCAAGAAAAGCCCUGGACCAUCUCAUUGUGGAUGAUCAUCAUGGUGUUAUUUACUGUUUUGUACCGAAGGUAGCAUGUACGAACUGGAAACGAGUCAUGAUUGUGCUCAGCCAGAACCUGAAGGCACCUAAUGGAGCUCCAUAUCUGGAUCCUCUUGACAUACCAUCAGCAUUAUCCCACAAUGCUACUCUGCAUCUGACGUUUAACAAGUUUUGGAGACUCUUUGGUCGUUUCUCACGUCCAUUGAUGCAUCACAAACUAAAGAAUUACACUAAGUUCCUUUUUGUACGGGAUCCUUUUGUACGCCUUAUUUCUGCUUUCCGGAACAAAUUUGCUUUGCCAAAUGAGGAGUUCUAUAGGCAGUAUGCCUCCACAAUGCUUCAGCGUUAUGCUAAUAUUUCAUCCCCCCCUGACUCUGCUCAAGAGGCCUUCGCCGCAGGUAUCAGACUGUCCUUUACUCACUUUAUUCAGUACCUGUUAGAUCCACAGACUGAGAAAGUAAAACCAUUCAAUGAACACUGGCAGCAGAUGAACAGACUCUGCCAUCCGUGCCAAAUUGACUAUGAUUUUGUUGGGAAGCUGGAAACUCUUGAUGAGGAUACAGAACAUUUGUUGAGGAUUCUUGGUCUGGAUAAUCAGAUUCACUUUCCCCCAGGGUACCGCAAUAGGACAGCUGUAAACUGGGAGCGAGACUGGUUUGCAAACAUUUCAGUAGCUGACAGGAGAAAACUUUACAAUCUUUAUGAAGCAGACUUUAGAUUAUUUGGAUAUGGCAAACCUGAGACUCUUCUGCAUAAGUGACAUGAGAGUAAAAGGGAUUAUAUAAUA